AAAAGGCCCCUUCUAUAAGAAGACAUCAUGGGCAGGUCAAAGCACAGGACGUUACGCAAGCGCAGUCCUGCCUCCACGUGGGGAACCCGCAGCCAGUAAAAGCAUCCUGACAUCUUCCGCUAAUAAAUGCCCCUGAGCCUGCGCAAGAACUCUGGAGCAUGCUCAGUAUCCCAAGUGAAGCCGGAGUCCAGCAUUUCGCUUUACACAGACAAGAGACCUCUCUGAAAUUUUUUCCAAGAAGACGCACUUAUUCAUCCAACCUUUUAAUUAGAUUGUGGAUUCGUUUUUAAACUGUUUUGCUUAUGUUAGAUUUUCUGUAACUGCCCAGCGACGUGUUUGAGGAGCUAUAUCGACUUGCAAUACCUUGGAAACUAUAAAUGGUUUUGUGCUGUUCCAUGCACGUGGCGUGCUGCAGGCCAGCGGAGAGGAAGAAGAACCCCGCGAGCCCUCUCCUCCAAUCAAACAUCUGCUGGUCCCUCGCUAGCCAAUCAAAGGUUUGCGAACGCUCGUUUUAAACACUCCUUCUGGCGAAGCUGGUCUUUCAGCGCAAACAAGGAGAGAUCGCUAACAUACGCCAACCGAACCCCGCAAAGUUGUGAGUGGCAGCUAGUUGAGCCUAUCAAACAACGAUAAGGUCGGGCUUGUAUCUUUUUGGAAGCAGUUGAUUACAUUGAGAGGCGGGGAAAGAGAUUGUCUGUUCUGGAUUGUCAAAAUUGGAAGUUUCUUCGCCUGUUCGGUUGGUUGCUGAGUUUUCGAUCAAGGAGCAUGGCUAAAGGCAGGAGGAAGAUGUCCAAAGCCAAGGAAGGCAGAGGCGAGGGCGAGGCCGAGGUGGCUGCCGAGAGCGCGGAGAAGCGGGGCACCGGCCGGCCCAGGGUGAACGGGGAAAACAUAUUUACUUGUCAAUCCAAAAUCUAUACUUAUAUGAGUCCUAACAAACACCCUGCAGUACGGCCUCCGCUUCAAGAGGAAAACUCGGCCACCCAUCAUGAGGCGAAAUGCCAAAGCAAACUGGCAAACGAAACCCCCAGAAAAGGAGAUGACAGGAUAAAUAUUGACAACGCAGCAGCCAGCACUGUAAAAUCCAAGGGCCAAAAUGACAAAGAAAGUGGCUGUGAAUCUUCAGAAUCCUCUGCCGGCAAAAAGACAGAAGCUGCAGAGACUCCAAAACCGCUGCCCGCAGAGCCUGCUGACGCAGCAAACAAAACGCAAGCGCCGAAGAAGGGAAUCAAAGCAAAACCCGGCCCCAAGCGGAAAGCCCAAGGGAAAACUCAGCAGAACCGAAAGGUUACAGAUUAUUACCCCGUUAGAAGAAGCUCCCGGAAGAGCAAAAAGGAAUUGCAGAUCGAGGGAAAGAAGCAAAUAGAUGAGUUGAUAGAAAGUGGGAGAGAAGAAGGCAUGAAGAUCGACUUCAUUGACGGCAAGGGACGAGGAGUCAUUGCAACCAGGCAUUUUAAUCGGGGAGAGUUUGUGGUUGAGUAUCACGGGGAUCUCAUUGAGAUUACAGACGCAAAGAAGCGAGAAGCCGUCUACGCCCAAGACCCAUCCACUGGCUGCUAUAUGUAUUAUUUCCAGUACCUGAGCAAAACGUACUGUGUCGAUGCUACAAAAGAGACCAGCCGUCUAGGGAGGCUGAUCAACCACAGCAAGUGUGGCAACUGUCAGACGAAACUCCACGACGUUGACGGCAUCCCUCACCUCAUCCUGGUCGCCUCCCGCGACAUCAAAGCUGGAGAAGAAUUGCUGUAUGAUUAUGGAGACAGAAGCAAAGCUUCUCUGGAGGCUCAUCCGUGGCUGAAGCACUAGCCUGCUUCUCUCUCUGGAAUGAGGGUCUUCCUUCCAGGACUUGGUGGCUUUGUUUACAGCUCUUGCGGCGGAUCGGCUUCCAAAGUCUGCUCCGUAGCGAUUAUUUAAAAAUGUCUGUUGCAGGCUUCUGCCCCCCACCCCCGUCCCCAUCACCACUCUGCAGACUUGAAACGGACUUCCUGAGGGUGUUUUUAUAUAUUGGACUCAUCUGCGUUCUCCCCCUUUAUAUAUAGAUGAAAUUAAUGGGUGCCUCUCAGCUGUGGCACACUUGGGACUCACAGGAAUGCAGCUGUGAGGUUUGUGUGUUUUGGGUCACGCUCCUGCUCAGGCAAGGGGGUGAGAUCUUAUUAAAAUGAAUGUCCAAAAUAAGGUGACAGCUGACCAUCUCGGAUGAAUUUCAUGAAUAUCUAGCAGGGGAAACCCAGGGAGACAGAUGUUUCCAGACUCAAAAGUGAAUGCUGACAAUCAUGGCAAUGGUUGGUAUUUGCUGGUGUGACUCCUGAGUUUUCAGGCGCUCUUGAAAUUCAUUGGAGAUGGUCAAGAUUCACAGGUGAAUAUUGCCGCCUGCUGUUAACAUACACCUCUGUCAAGCGGGAGGGCAGACCGUCUUGGGGAGACCGGUGUCUAGAAUCCCUUGGUCAACAGCUCAUUGAGCAGAGGAGUUCCAAGAAGCUGUUGAGGUGGUAAGUGAAGCGUCCUGUUCCUGAAGGAUCCUGAGCUGCGUUGAUGUUGCCCGAUUUGUGCAUCUGUUGACAUGAGGACGAUCGGCCUUCUCUGCAACCCAUCACUAACUCAUCUGGUCAGUGUCCCUAUAGCCCAGGGGAACCCUUGCCCGGGAUUUAGGCCCUGUUGGUGUGGGGAGUCGUCAGCAUUGGACGGCCUGUUCCCACUGCUUCCUGUCACAUGACUGCCCUCCCUGGCGUGGUUAGUUUGUGGCCUCUUACCUUCCUGUGUUUCUUCUAGGCCUGGAAGGCCAUCCAUUAUGUAAUGCCGGCCCCCAGAUGGGGCAGAAAUAAUUUAGUUUUUAGGGUUGGGGGCAGAGCAGAGAGGAAGGGUGACGAGCCCCACAACUGUGUCUGGUAGGGUGGCCCUUUUGCCCAGUGAGGCUGCUGUUCCCUCUGAUUGGUGGCCGAAUUGUGAGAAGAGUCUUUUUGACGUCGCCCUCCUCCCUGCCACCUUUGAUCCUUCACUACCACAUCCACAGCGUUCCCGAGAGGAGCUGCUGGCUUUGCGUCUUCUGAGAGAGCUGUAAACUCGACUGCAGAAGCCGCUGGGUGUUUUUACGAGUGGCGUUUGGCCCACAUAGGCGCAUGGAGCUAAAACAUGAGUCACAAAUUCAAGGAACUGCACCUUUCCUCCCCUCCCCUCUUUUUAAAAGGUCUGGGGAAGAACUUGGAGAAAAACCAGGCUUCUCAUGUGGUCAGUGGCUGACUCUUGCAGGGGCUUCCAUACGGAGAUUCUUCCCAUUGAAGUCACUUAGGACAGAACUGUUUCCAGCAGUCGGGUUUCUCUCGCGACGUUGAUCAGUUUCGUUGCAAAUGGAAGAUUAUUUAUUGACUCUGACUGCUGGAACUGUGUCCCAAAGCUAGGAGUGUGUGUGUGUGUGUGUGUGUUUGCUUGCAACUUUGAUCAAAGCGAAUUAAUUAAACCCUUCCUAGGAAAAUAAAAGAUCGGUUAGGGCGUGUCCCUCAAGCUGGUGCACUGUGCUGUUGGAUACGACAUGAAGCACUAAAGAGAUCUAGCCCAUUCUGAAGGAGGACACAGGGCUGAGAUCUACACAGGGGAUCUGUCGUAAGGAGAAAUUGCUAGCCCUCUCAGAAAGCUGAACUUCCUUUAUUUGGGCUUGCGAUCCCAAAGUCACCCAAUUUGCUACCAGUGGAAAAUAUGAACCAGACGCGGGUGUGGCAGGUGUUUGCCAAUCCCGUGCGCGUGUGUGUGUGUGUGUGUGUGUGUGUGUGUGUGUGUGUGGUUCCCCGCUCCCACCAUGGCUGCCUCUUUUCCAUUGCCCAAAUGGUUUUUGUGCAGCUUCAGCUACAUUGUUUGGAAAAGCUGUGAUAUCCUGGCUGUACAUAGAUUUGAGCAGCAGAGGUCAAGGGGUAUUGGGGAGAAAUCAAGCCUGGCUUCCUAUUGUAUUUUCUAAAAGCAAAAACAAACCUUGAAAAUAUUUCUCUGUACAAGAAAAUAAAUGAGGUAUUUAUUAAUGAC